AUGGUUGCUGUUACUGGAGUCGUUACUGCUGGUGCCUCAGCUCUCGGCCUCGCUGCCGCUCUCGCAUCCAUGCAUCUCCCAGCCAAAACCUACCGCGUAGAACGUACCCGUCGUCUCUCCCAACCCGCAGACCAAGACCAAGGUGAAAUGACUCGAUUGGCAUUGCAGAAAACCAACUCUGCUGGUUCUAUCACCGAAAAAACAAAGGGUUCUUUCCAACCUGGAAAGAAAGUCUUGGGUCGGGUUAAGGAAUAA